UACUCGGAUGACAUUUAUGCACGUACCCAAACCGGAAAAGUGUGAAGCUGGUAAACAAGAAAAGGAGCGAUUAACACUUUCCGUUAAAUAUUUAAACUGUGGUUACGUUGAUGAGGAGAAACGCAGCGGACGCAGCUGCGAGUCGGAGUGAAAUGUCUAAAGCUGAGAUUCUGAGGGGAUUUGUCACCGAGAGACUCGCCGCCGCCUCGCAGGAAAUCUUAGCGGUCGUGGACAGAAUCGUAGCCGGGUACGAGGAGGAGGCUUCGGGCUUCAGGCAGGAGAUCGACCGGCAGAGGAGACAGCUGGAGGUUCUCCUGCAGCCGCAGGUCACACUCAACAAAGCCGGUGUAAAGCGCAGCAGGAGCCUCGGCCAUGUUGAGGAAGAGGAGGGUGAAGAUGAGGACGGCGAGUCCCCCGGGAACCUGGAAGAUGUGAAGAGUCGAACUCAAUCAAGGUCUCUUUCCUCCAGAGGUCAGUUUAGGCAGAGGAAGCCCGGGAGACCUCAGAUCUGGGAAACUCAGAACCACGUGGACCUCAGGAUCCGCAUCCUGAUGGACCCACAGACCGAAGUGCUUUCAAAAAAUGUUCUUAAAAAAUGUCCGAUGCUGAAGCUGAAGUGUCCUCGAGGUCUGCAGGAGGCAGACUUCUUGGACCUGCUAAGAUCCAACUUCCCCCAGCUUGCUGGAGACAACAAAACUUUUGACAUCCUAACGUCCAACAGGAGACGGAGAUUACAGCGUCUGAAACUGAAGACAGUGACACCGGAGGAGAUCCACAAAAACAUCAGCUGCACAGGCUGGGGGACCUCAACUCUCUUUAUCAGACUGAAGAAGGAACCUCGGGCCAGCGAGGAAGAGAUUCAUCCUCUACGGACAAAAGACAUCAGCACUGAAGAGUCCUCAUCCACUGCAGCCAUGUUGACAUGUGAUGAAACCGGGCCACAAACAAGCUCUGUUCAGGAGGUGCAAGGCCGCAGAGUGGACGUUCUGUCCAGCCGCUCGACAUCACAACAGCAGGACGUGGAAACAGAGGAGGCUGAAGAAGAUUGCCGGAUAACACAACCAGCUGAGGACUCUGUGGCCCGCUCUGCAAGCGAGACUAAAGGGGACGCUAGUGACGAUGGCCAAAAGGGAGAAGAAAGGGAAGAAACGAAUGACAGCGAUGACAAUUGGAGACCAGACAAGGGGGAAAGUCACUCUGAACUGCAGUCAAAGACGACAAAGAAACAAAAAACCAGACGUUCUGGUGUCAAGGCCCCUGAGGCAAAGACUGAAAACGGUGAUGCUGCUCUCUCUUGCAAAGUCUGCAGAGCUCUACACAAAUCAGAAGUCACCUUCGUGAAACAUGCCUGGAGUCACGUGGAUGAUCCAGAAAGUCUUUGUGGAGUGUGUGGUGAGCAUCCAGAGUCCGUGGAAGCGUUGAAGCAUCAUCUACAAAGUCACCACAAAACUAAUGACUGUCACAUUUGCGGAGAGUCUUUCCUCAGUAUGCUCAGCCUCAAUGAGCAUGUGGCUGCCCACUCAGGGGAGAGACCGUACAAAUGCAAUGUUUGCCAUGCCGCAUUUGCGUUAAAGGUGUCCCUGGAAAACCAUCAGAAAAUCCACGAGGCGUGUACGCUUCACAAAUGCUACACUUGCCACAAAGUGUUUGAACUGAAGGAGCAGUUAAAAGCUCACCGCAGAACUCACACCAACAAGAAGACGCACCUCUGCGGCGUGUGCGGUAAAUCCCUCAGCGACUACAGAUCCCUAACCCGCCACAAGAUGACCCACUCUGGAGAAAGACCUCACAGCUGUCAGAUCUGUGGGAGGAGUUUCAAACUUCCCGGGACGCUGAGACAACACGAGAAGAUUCACACGGACAGAGAGAGAUCGUACCUCUGCGACGUCUGCUGCAAAAUGUUUCUGACGAGCAAGCAGCUGCAGAUUCACAUGAGGACGCACACCCACGAGAAGCCAUACCACUGUGGCGAAUGCGGCAAGGGAUUCACCACCAAGGGACCCUUGACCAUUCACAUGCGGGUCCACACCGGAGAGACACCGUACCGCUGCCCGGACUGUGGUUGGUCCUUUAAACGCAAGAUUAAUCUGGACAACCAUGUGACAGUCCAUUCAGGCGUCAAACCGUUUGUCUGCGGGAUUUGUGGGAAAGCGUGCGCUCGCAAAACUUACUUGACUGUUCAUAUGAGGACCCACAACGGGGAGAGACCAUACAAGUGUACACUCUGUGACAAAGCAUUUACUCAGAGCCACUGUCUGAAAACACACAUGAAGAGCCACCUGGUGGCAGAAAGUGCAACGUAGCACCGACACUCGAUCAUAUUUUUAACUUUCGCUUUGGACAGAACUUGGAGGGUGUGAAUAUUUAUGUUUACCUCUGUUUAAAUGGAUGUUUUUCAAGUUUUAUAAAGGCGCCUGUGCAAUGAAAACAGUCUUGUAAGUUCAACGCUUGGCUAUAAUAAAAUC